AUGUACUCUGCCUUGCUGGUAGCAACCGUUGCCGUUGUGGCAGCAGAGAAGCAGGACGUUUCCAAAGAAAGCGGGCUGUAUAUGUAUGAUGACCCACCCUUGCUUCUGCGCUUCUUUUGGGUGGCUGGCACAAUUUGUGCAGUGCUGGCGGUCUGUAUCUCGGUCUACAACAUCAAGAACCAUGCUGCGUGUGCAACUUUGCAGGGGUUUGGACAAGACGAACUUAUCUCAUCAUUCGGGGCUCGUGCAACUCGCAUCAUGAAGCUGCUCCUGAUGCCGCUAACGUUUGCAGUGACGGCCGCAUUGCAGAUGUUCUUACCGGGGGCAGCUGAGCUUAUGGCCUUGCUGCGGACCUGUCAACUGGCAUUCUCCAUGAACGUGAUCAUUGAACUCCUCUUCAUUUUGAAUGGCAGCCAGAAACAAAUUGUGAAAAAUCUGCCGGAAGAGCCCAUUGCAGUGUUUGGGAAGCCACCCUUAUGCUGCAUUUUUGGGUGGGGUUGCUGUGCGCAAAAGGUACAGCUGUGGCACCUCCGCUUUUUCGUAAUGGGCUUGCAGCAGUUCACGGUGAUUCUUCCGAUAGUGGGAGUGUUUGAUGCCUUUAACGAGCCCUUUGCGGAGAGCGGCUUCUUUGCAAAGAUUGACAAGGCCUUUGGGAUUAUCGUGACCGUGAGCACGUUGCUUGGCAUGUGGAGCUUCAAGUGUCUCAUCCCUUUGAUGACGGAUUCUGUUCGCACUCGCACCGCCUCCAAGAGCAAGCUGGAUUCCAUGGAGCAGUUCCUCUUGCUGCAGAUGUUGUUCUCAAAGCUAACAGACAAGCUGUUGCCCCUGAUCGUGAGAGUAGAUUUGCAUGCAGAGAGCUGGACCAUGCCGAAUUUCCUCUUCAUUCAAGUCAUUGCAGGCUUCUUGACCUGCGUCAUUCAGCUAUUCCUGGCAAGUCUAGGCCUUCAUGCUUAUGAAGCUGGCACGGAGUUGUAUCCCCCUGUAAAUUUCGGGGCAGAUCUGCCUCCAGAUACCUUGGCCCUGCUGGACAUGGAUGGGAUUGACCCCGACAAGUGGGUUCGUCUGCAAGAGCUGCAAGAAAUUCGGCCGUCAAGCACGGCGGCACCUUCAGCGCCAUUACUUCUCGGCAAUCUCAGGGGAAAUGUCCCCCCCAAAAUGUCUGAGAAGUUAGACGCUGCUGCAGACGCUGCAGACGCUGCAUAA